AUGAGGUUUGUCCAAUAUAUUCCGACUGGAAUUCCAAACGAAGAUGGUGAGUUCUCGGGAAGGAACUAUACAGUUGGAAAAGUCAUACAACAACUGUAUGAUAUUAGGAAAGCUUCAAACCCCAAACUUGCAAUGACACUCAAAUUGCUUAUGAAUUCGACAUGGGGAUAUUCCAUUAAGAAACCUCAAGAGAUGAAGAGUAAACAUUAUGAGAAGGUCGACAACUUUGUUGAAAGGUUUUCUCCUUUUGUUUUGAAAUACGAGUUCACCGAAGGUCAAAAUGGCUUAGUAACCACAGUAAAACCUAUUGUCGAACAUUGGUCUUACCCUCAGUUCGCAAAGGCAGUCCUUGACAACUACAACAAAUUUUUCUCAGAGGUUAAAUCGAAAAUUGUGGUAUACUAUGAGAACAUUGAUGCACUCAUGACGAACGAGGAAGGGUAUAACAAACUCAUUGAAAUGGGUUUAGUUGGUGAGAAAAUGGGCUGUUUUAAGCUAGACAAGGUAUUUUCCGAAGUUCAUGUCCUCUCCAAGCGUAAGUACUGGGCCAUACUUGAAGACGGCACAGAAAUAAAACAUUGCAUGAAAUAA